CGAAGUAUUCGCCGAGCAUAGCUUCGGCAAAAUUUUAUUCAUUCCAGGAAGACUAUUCGGGUCUUGAGUGCUUCCUUCUGGAGUUCAGGACCUGCAACAGUUCUCAGCGAUGUCCAAGAAGAAGAGCUACAGAGGAGAGCUGUUAUGGCCUCUUUUGGCUCUAUUAUUUGGCUCGUCCCUUGGUGCUAUGGACACCAUCACGCCCAAAGGCUUGUUGACUAGCAACAACACUCUUGUUUCCAGAGCCGGCGUGUUCGAGCUCGGCUUCUUCAACGACAGCUCUUCCGGCAUUUACUACCUGGGAAUUUGGUUCAAGGCCGAUCCGAACAGGAGGGCCGUUUGGGUCAACCGCGAGAACCCCAUGAUCGAUUCAUCGUGCACUCUUCAAGUGAGGUACGAUGGCAACUUGGUACUGAUGGACAUGCGACAAACCCCGAUGAUAGUCAAUUCAGGAUCGCUCACAACAAGUGCGAACACUUCCGCAACACUUCUUGAUUCUGGGAAUUUCGUUCUUAAACAAGGCGGCGCUGUUAUCUGGCAAAGUUUCGAUUAUCCGACCGACACAUUCUUGCCUGGCAUGAAAAUCGGGUCUUUCAAUCUCAACACGGAUCAGUCCAGGAUACAAAUCCUGGUUUCAUGGGUAAGCCCACAAAAUCCAUCUCGAGGCUCGUUCACUCUAGGAGUCGACUAUCACGAGCCGACUAAGCUUAGUGUUUGGCGCCAAGAUCGUGUCCACGUGGAUAUCGGGUUCUGGGACAGAGGGAAUUUCAGAUUCAUUUUCGCAAACACAUCAGAUAGAUACAGUUUCAGCUACGUCUCCAACGAAAAUGAGACUUACUUCACAUUUAGUAGCAAAGGCACAUAUGCAUCCACAUGGUUCGUGCUGGCUGCGACGGGCCAGCUUGAGGAGCAUAACAUGGUGGAUGCCGGCAGCAGGUUUUUGUUUUCGUCCGUGAGCCAUCAGCUGUGCGGAGAUUCACAAGGGGGUAACUCUGGCAAAUGCUUGACUUCGAUUCCUUCUACGUGCGAGGAGGGCGGUAGCUUCUCGCUUGUCAAUGGCACGAUGCCGGAUUCGGCACUCGCUACUACAAUGCACGUGGGAUUCAACGAGUGUGAGGUCAUGUGCCGGGGUAAUUGUUCUUGCACGGCGUUUGUGUUCCGUCUAGAUGAUCAAGCCGCGUGCCAACUUUAUUACGGGAACAAGGACUUGUUGAGGUCCAGAGACAGAGGAAGCGGGACAUUCUACGUGCGAGGCGACACUUCUGCAGAGAACGGUGGUAAAAGGAAGAAAUUGCAGUUUAUUGUCGCUGGAUCUCUGGCUUCUGUAUCGGUCCUUAUCCUGGUACUUUUAGCUUAUGUGCAAUGGAAUAGGCACAGGAAGAAAGGACAUAAAGAGAUGAGUGGGAGCGCGGAGACAACAUUACUCCGGAUCGGGAUCGCAGCACCUGGUAAAGAUCUUGCAAGCACAAAGAAGGCGGAAAUAAGCCAGCAGAGAGACAGGGAAUUAGCUCUGUUCGCUUUUUCCAGCAUAGAAGUCGCAACAGACUACUUUGCCCCGAGAAAUAAACUUGGUGAAGGCGGUUUUGGCCCAGUUUACAAGGGUCAACUCCAGGAGCUGGAAAUUGCGGUGAAGAGACUGUCAAAGAUGUCUCGGCAAGGGUUGGAGGAGUUCAAGAACGAGGUCACUCUAAUAUCUAAGCUGCAGCACCGGAACCUCGUGAGGCUCCUGGGAUGCUGCGUCGAAGGAGAAGAGAGCAUUCUGAUUUACGAGUACAUGCCCAACAAAAGCUUGGAUUCGUUCAUAUUCGAUCCUGCGAAAAGAGUGCUUCUGGAUUGGAGGAAACGUGUCGGCAUAAUCGAAGGCAUUGCUCAAGGGAUCUUGUAUCUCCACAAGUACUCUAGGCUGAAAAUCAUCCACCGAGAUUUGAAGACCAGCAACAUAUUGCUGGACGGCGACAUGAACCCCAAGAUAUCCGAUUUUGGCAUGGCGAGAAUCUUCGGAGAGAAUGAAACUCGGGCGAAAACGAUUAGAGUUGUCGGGACAUGUGGAUACAUGUCCCCUGAAUAUGCAAUGGACGGUCUAUUCUCGGAGAUGUCGGAUGUGUUCGCGUUCGGGGUCAUUAUGCUGGAGAUAGUGAGCGGCGAGAAGAAUAUCGCCUUCUUCGAGUGCGAUCACUCUUUGAACUUGCCGGGUAAAGCUUGGAAUCUACUGAAAGAAGGGAACUGCAUGGAGUUCAUGGACCAGACGCUAGCCACUUCUUGCUCGGAGAACUCGGUGGAACGGCUCGUUCAGUUGGGCCUACUAUGCGUGCAAGAAAGGCCGAUGUAUCGACCUACGAUGUCGGAUGUGGUCUCUAUGCUCCACAAUGAGGCAAUGCCUCUGCCUCUUCCGAGAGAACCGGCAUUCUUAACCCGCAAGACGGAUUCGGCACUGAGCUCAAGAAGGCAGAGCCAUUUUUCUGCAAGUGAGAUCACAGUUUCAGAGUUAUGUGCCAGGUAAAAAGGUAAAAAGCAAAGGAUUAGCCAUCAUGACCCAAAAGUAUCUUAUGCCAUGGAGGCUAAUAUGUUAGGUUUCAAGCAAGAGUUGGCAAAGCCAACCAGAGUUGUUACUGUUGCUUCAUGUAUGAGAUUAGUGUUGCUGGGCCACAGAAGGAAGAAGAUGGCAGGUGACAUAUGGAUUGUACAUAAUUUCAUAGAGAAAAAAAAAUUGAAAUU